AGCAAUAGUAGAGGUGCAGAUGGAUUAUUUUCACCUUUGAUAUUUAUUGUUAAAGUUGUCUAAGUCCCCUCAAACAAUCUACAUUACAUCAUCCUUAGAACCAUAAUCCUUCAGUUUGCAUAUAGUAGUGGGUAUACACAAAAUGAAACAUAUGUCCUACACGUUCGUCUUUUUUUGUUGUUCUGAGAACACUAAGUUAUACCAUCCCCUUUCAGCAAUGGCUGUAGAUACUUCUGCCAUAGGCAGAUGGAUUCAUGCUGUCCCUAUUCUCUUCAGGAAAAAAAGGCCUUUGUUAGGAGGACCUAACAAUGGUGAACUAGCGUGAAAUAAAUUGUAAUGUAUUAAAAUUAAAAGGAAGGGGAAAUGAGGAAGAAAAUAAGGAGAACUCAGGUAAACAUCACAUAAUAAAAUUAAUGGCAAGCAGGCAGGCAGCAGGACCCAGCUGAAGCCCAGGCUCUAGAUCCCUGACUCAUCACAUGCCACUGGAAACCACCAGAGAAACACAGUGGAAACAGGAUGAGAUCACUGUUCUGUCACAUUCAGCUGUUUGCAAGAGCACUUGGGCACAAUCAGGUAGGCAGUCUGAAUGUUUAACUCAAAAAGCCUCUGGGAAAAAACAUGCCUGGAGUUGGAGAAAUAGACAGAAAUAUGGAAAUGUAUGUGGCCUGUCUAACUUUAACAUGUGGAUGUUAAUAAAGUGUCAAUGUGAAGAAUAAGAGAUAAUUUAUGUUUAAGGGACAUAAAAUCAAAAGAAAUUACUGGAAGCUGAAAAAACCAUGCAUAAAAAAUAGAUGCUAUCAGUAUUCUCCAUAGCUUUCUAGUAGGUAAAAUGUUCAUUGAAACGCUCUUUCUCUUAGAACAUUUUGUCUUUUCAGUUUCUAUAAAUGGGGAUUAACAAAUGACCUUUCAACCCAGCAUCAGUGAAGUGGAAAGUAUUAAUAUCACACUGAGCCAGAGUACAAACCAACGGCAUCCCAGAAGCAUAAGGAAUCAUACCUUGAGCUGGCAGGACUUUUUGUUUCCUGGGAGUCAAAACCUUUUACUGUAUGUAAUCUUUGCUUCCUCUAGCCUUGAGAAAGAUAAGUUAAAGAGUUUAUUCUCUUAGCAGAGCUACAAGGUAAGUGUCUGAAACAACGAUGUACUGUGCAAAAUACUGUGGGAAAAAAUCAUGAGAGAACUGGCUUGUAGUUCAACACUAAAAGUUGGCUAGAGGAAUGUUGAGAUCAUUCCGCUUUUUCAAGUGAUCUUGUUGGGGAAGAUGUUUUAGUGAAAUGCAGCUGGGUUCACAGUUAACUAAUAAUGGGAACUACAAAGGACAAAAAUGGCAUCAAUGUAUCUUUCAACAAGAAAAAUCUAGCUAGUCUCCUACACUUGAUUAUUUGCAGCCAUAACUGUGCUAUGUGGGCACUGAGAGCAAGAAGAGAUUUAUCUAGGAAAUGCCUAAAAGUGGCUCAGUAAAAGUGGUUUGGAAUAAAAGGGUUGAAAAGCAAAGGCAUCACCAAAGAAACCAGUCAUCCUACUCAUUCAUUGUUUGGCUCCGUUGCAAUGUAAGAUGCGUGUGCUAAAGUCAAAAUCAUUUUUACUUUGCAGCUGGUGAUGGCUUAAAAGAAAGUGGUACAGAGAGGGAGUGUGGCUGCAUGAGCAGGGCGGGCCCUGCAGGCUGCUGCCUGCUGCUCCGAGGCAGUCUGUCACUCCUGCAGGAGCUGACAUGGCACAUUGAAUGCCAGGGGACUGCCUGUAGCUGCUUGACAUUCGGCAGUGAAAAAUCAACAGGGUUUUCAUGGUAUUAGGAAGGGAUGUGAUUAGGAAUACUGAAGAAAGAAACAGAGAAGGAAGAAGGGCUACAUAGAAAGAAAGAAAACGCAGUAGGAGUUGUUUGUAAGCGAUAUGGGUAAAGAUGUGUUUGUCAUAGACAAUUCUGCUAUUCUCUAUGAAUUCCCAAAUGUGAUUUAGUAUACAUAUAAAGUUCCUAUAUUCCUAUUGAACAGGAUAAGAAAUAAACUACAGUGACUUAAAACACUCUCAUGCUGAUACAGACUGCAUCGUCAUUAUAGUCAUUUAAAAAGUGGAUAUCACUAAUGUCAUUAAAAAAAAGUAGGUUGACAGAAAAGUAUAUCUAGAACAGGCCUUUCAUUUCCACACCUUAUUUUAGAUUUUGCUGACUAGACUAGCUUUUCCUGUUCUUUAGUGAACUAGUUCAGCUUCUACCUGUAAUUUCCUAAGUGAGGGAAGACUCACAUUCAUUUUACCGAUCUACUAGUUGCAUAUUUGUUAGCUGGCUUUGUUGCUCUGAGCAUGUCCAAUGUCUCAUAAGGUCCUUUUUGAAUAAUUUGGCCAAGAAUACACAACAGUGUUUAAGAUUUAUGGAUGUACAAACUGCGUCUUGGGAUUUGAUUUGCCAAGUAUAAGAACUAGUGAGGCAGAGACAAAGCAGUCUAUAUUUCACUGCUAAUUAAGGGCUGGGAUUGUGGGUAUUGAACAGAGUGAGAACCUUCUUUUCUCUCUUGAAGUAGUUUAUCCCUGAAGAAUGGCACUGAGUGACCUCCUUUACCCAGAAAACCCCAGGAGAAGACAAGAACUGAUCCAUCUGCACCGGGAAUUGCUUGACUGCAUGUCCAUGAAUUUCCAUGCAACAAAUGAGCUGGCUGGAGUUCUGAAUGCACACCUGGGGUGUACUAUUACCCACAUCAAGAUGAGAGAGAGCAGCACUGUCAAAGAGAACUGUGAUAUUAUCAUUCAAGCGAUGCGUGAGAUUCAGUGUCAAGUACAGAAGAUUGAUAGUGACAUGAGGGAGAAGCUGGAGCCUGUGCUGUAUCAGAAGCUGUACGACAUCAAAGAGCCUGAGCUGGAGAAAAUUGCAAUAGCCCAUAAAGUUUUUUCCAUUGUUCUUGGAGAAGUGACUUCAACUGCUGGGAUGGUAGCUGUCAAACUGCUUAGCUCCAACCUUAUCACUAUCACUGUCUGCAAACUCGUCAGCCUCCUUGCGCAGAUCGGGGCAUCUGUUCUUGGGGGAAUCAGCAUUACUAUCCUGGGGCUUGGCAUGGAAAUGAUUCUCCAUGCCAUUCUGGGAGCUGUGGAGAGGAAUCAGCUGCUGUCAGCUGUGAGGAGCUAUGAGGAGCACCUGGCUGAGUUUAAAGAAGCCUCAGAAAAAUAUCAGUGUGCCAUACGUGAAGUGACUUCUUUGGUCAGACAUCAAGUUCAGUGAAUGGAAAGGCAGCACUUUAAACACAUGGCACUUUUUCUUCACCUGUUCUCCAGAACGCAUUGUAGACGAAAUGCUAUUGGUACUGAUGACAGUAAUACACACUGCUGGAGCAGAAGUGGUGAGAAAGUACAGUUUUUCUCUUCCAGAGUUCCUCCAUCAAAAUGACAUUAUAACAAGAGAAAAUUAUUUCAGCAAAAUAACCAUAUAAUCACCUGAAGAAUUUAUCAGGACGGCCGUCAUCAUUAAACUCUUAGUGUGGAUUUGUGCUAAAUCUGCCAGGCUGAAUUCCCCAUUCAUAGAAGCGCUUACAAGGACUAGCUGUAGCACAUGUAACUCCUAUUUCCUGUGCUAUUCUUGCCUGAGGAGCCACCCAGAGAUCUUUAUAUAAAUUCUAAUACCAGCGGAUUAACAGACAGAAAAAUCACGGGCCUACAGGCCCAACAGUUGAGAGAACCCAGCUGUAGUGCUCCUGAUCUAUCUAGCUGUGAGCAACAUCUUGUUACCAGUAUUGCCCUGCUCCUGCUCGCUCAGGUAGAGAUUUCUGUGCACACUUGCUGCUUUGUUGAUCAAGUGGCAUUAUAUACUUACACAAGGAUUUGUAAGAUUACAGCCCUAUUAGUGUGCUAAAUUUACUUACAACUGCUUCACGAGUCACCAGUGUGGGACUGCCAAAAAUACUCUGAUUCUAUAUUUCACAACUUGCCACCAAAUGGCCUUAUUUUGCAGACUUUCAGAACAAAGCUAGAAGCAAGAGCAUGAUUUGCUGUCGAGCUCUGAUUUGCUGUGGUUUGCUUUUUUUCUUUGAAAAAAA